GUGACUUUAGUGCUCAAACUCUGCACAAAACUCAGAACUCAUUUGUAUGCGUGUUUUGCACUAGCUUUAUAAUUAUGCAUGUGUGUAUGUAUAUCUUAUUCAUGAACUGCUGCUUCAGCCUGUUUGUAUUAUAAUUAAUGUUGUGUGUCCUCCUACUGACAAAAGAAUGAAUUUGUUUACCAUGGAGACUGUUGUGUUUAUCUGACUGCAUGCUGUGCAUGUGACUUAGUUCUAUAAAUCUAAUAUCUAAUGAGCUCUGGCUGGUUUGAGAACUCACUGCAUGCAGAAGAUGCUUUCAAUAGUGGGGCUCCUAGUUUGCAUGCUAGUCACCUUUCUGCAGCAUACACAAGGUCAAAUCACUGAGAAUUUAAGGCUAGUGGACAAUGUCGGAAAGACGGGUGGCUCCUCUGGUCGACUGGAGAUACGCAUCAAUGGCCAGUGGGGAACAGUGUGUGAUAAUGGCUUCAGUACAGCAGACGCUGAAGUGGCUUGUAGGAUCUUGGUGUACAAUACUUAUAUAACUUUCGGACGUGUUGGAGAAUUAGGGUUUUCCCCGGGUACCACCUUUCAAAAUAUAUGGCUUAACAACCUCCGUUGUCUAGGAACAGAGGAUAGUCUCAACUCCUGCUCUCACAGUGGUGUAGGUAACCAUGACUGCACUCACGGUCAGGACGUGGGUCUUAAGUGUGGAGGAGAGGGAUCUCUGAGGCUUCAAGACGGUAGCAGGACACACGGUCGGCUGGAGAUUUAUCACAGUGGCCAAUGGGGGACAAUCUGUGACGAUGACUUUGAUGGCCCUGAUGCUGAUGUGGCCUGCAGACAGCUAGGCUUCAAUGAAGGAUACUGCUGGGGAACAGCUGUGGAGCAGUUCAGCAUUUCUCAAGUGUCUGAUACUGCUCCUAUCUGGUUGGAUGAUCUUCGCUGUGGUAGCAAUGAUACGACUCUCCUCGGCUGUUCCCACAAUGAACUGGGAGUGACAGACUGCACUCACUUAGAGGAUGUGGGUGUGUCCUGUGCACCACAGAACUGUGAUGGCAAUGAUAUGAGCUACAUCUACUACUACAUGUUUGGAGGCAUCGUAGUUGGUAUUCUAAUCAGUAUCUUCAUCUUCUAUCUAAUCUGCAGAGCGUGUCCAAACAAUCGCCAUCCUCCGAGACCACCCCCUCUCCCUCGUACCCACGCACACUCUCAGACACACCCACUAAGCAGGACCUCCGGCACUGACGUCACUAGAAAUGUUACUUCUCAGCACAGGGAUAGUCGACACGUACCCACUAAAACAACUUGGAUUACGCAAGCCCCUCCGGACUAUCUAAUGGUCGUGGGAUCUCCGGUUUAUAAGUUGGAGAAAUCCUUACGUCCUUCCAUCACUGUACCACCUUCUCGUCCCUCCAUUACGCUGGCACCUUCUCGUCCCCCCAUCACUCUACCUCGUCCCUCCAUCACUCCCUCCAUCACUCUACCACGUCCCUCCAUUACUUUACCACCGUUCAGGGAACAGGAGGAACAAGACUUUGAACUACCACCCUAUCCAACUGACAUGGAUGAUCUAGAUACCUUUCCGUUAAUAUUUUGAUGCUACAUAAUGAAUGUGCAUGGAUGUGAAACUUUAUAAUUA